UGAUGGCCAUUAUGACCAGUGUGAGGUGGUACCUCACUGUAGUUUUGAUUUUCCUGACACCUUUUAACAUGCACCUGUGCCUCUGGUUCACACUCUUCUGGAAUAGACUGUGCCUUUUGUGCAGCUUUAACCUGACCCUCCUUUCAAAGUCCACUCUUGGUUGGAUGUCCUAUUCAAUGUCCAGCCACUCACAAACCUCCAGAGACCAGCCCAAAUCUUUGACAUGUCUUCCACCUACUCUAUCACUGAUGGCCUGGUUCUUUGUUUGUUUCCAGCCAUAACUUGUACAGGCACAACUCAGAGAUGUUGUGGGUUCAGUUCCAGACCCCUUCCAAAAAGUAAAUAUCCUACUGAAUUUUUUGAUUUCCCAGUGCAACUAAAAGUUGUGUUUAUGCUGCACCAUAGUCUAUUAAGUGUGCAAUACCAUUAUGUCUAAAGGAAUAUACCAUAAUUUUAAAAUAAUGCAGCUGAGAAAAUAGUGCUACAGACUUGCUCAAUGUAGGGUUACCACAAACCUUCAAUUGAUUAAAAAAAAAAAAGCAACAUCUGGCAAUCACAAUGAAACAAGGUAUGCCUGUACUAUGAUUAUCUGACAAUGGUUAGAUUCUAUCUUGCCAAGUCAUAAACUUCUAGAAAUCUAUGUACCUCAGCAUGUAACAUGCCAUCUGACACACAGAAGACACUCAGUAAAUACUUGUUAAUUACUUCCUCAAUUGCUUAUAAAUCUAUUGGCUUAUGAGAUCUUAGCAGCCCACUUCUCAAAGGCCCAUGGAACCCCAUUCCUACACAAUCAAGGCCAUAAAUAUUCUGAAGGUCAAAUGAGCUGAACUUGGAAGCCAGAGAAUGGAUUCAUUGUUUGACUGAAAGUGAAAUUGCAAACAAGACUUUGGAGCUUCAAAGAGAAACCAAAUUUUCUUUUAUCAGAAAUUUCUAGGCCAGGUUUCAGAGGCCCACAGGAUCAGAAGAAGGAGCAUUGAAAGGCUCGCCGGGUCGACCAGCACUUGAGCAUCAUGAUGGAGCAGGGAGUUGGAGCCAACACUGUGUCUGGUGUUAUGGCACCAGGUAAUGUGUACAUGAUCCAAGCCAGGAAUCCUGUGGCUCCUGGGAGCAAGGGGCAGCCUGUGGGCAUGGCCACUUACUUAACAUCCAGAGCGACCGAGAGUGAUGCAGGAAGAGCGAACUUACAGACGCCACGCGUGGUGAUCCAGAAUCCAGCGGAAGUGAACGCCACACAGGAUCCGCCCACUGCGCUUCAGCAUCCGACAGCAGUGGCCGGUUUGCAGACCCCACCUGGGGAGAUCCAGUACUCACUGGGAACCACAGACCUCCAAACCCAGCCUGGAGGCCCUCAGAAUCCCCCCACAUGUGCCCCUGGGCCGAUGUAUACCUCCAACCAGUUCCAAUGGAACAUGCCAUUUGGAUCAUUUUUUACAUUCGAUCCCAAGAAAUUCAUAAAGGACGAGGUCAGGACACUGGGGUUUAUCAUCUCUGGAUCGCUCUCAGUGGAGGCUGAAAAGGACUGCAGUUCUUGCAUGGUGCAUGGCAGCAUUGGCAUGAACGUGGUCAGCGCUAUCGUUUCCCUGGCUGGGGUCUUGCUUCUCAUCAUGGAUCUGUACUUUAGCCUGACGAUUAACGUGAAGACAAUUUCCGGUGGUCUCCUCCCCUUCGUCCUGCUGGAGUUCUGCCUCACUUGUGUGGUCUCGCAUUUUGGGUGCCAGGCUACAUGUUGGAACCAGUUUGUGAACAGGACAGAGGUUCCGACCAUAGUCAUUGCCAACCCAGCCAACACUCCCACCGGCCCCUUCAACGCUACUAACGGUACCACUGGCUAUGUCAACGUCAUCACCAGCUCUGCCAACCCCACCUCCCCCACCAACACCACAGUGACGGUGCCCCCUGUACCCUCGUAGGAAGAUGUAGCUGAUUUUGCCCAGAAAUAGACAGUCUGUUUCAGUGACGAGGAGGAGCCAUUUCAGUUGACGCUUUCCUUCUCCUGGAAACUUACAGAAGCCCAUGCCCAGCACUGUUGCUGGUCCAGAAUGAACAGUCACCUUCUCCCUUCUUUACUCCUCACUUUCAUUUAUUGAUGUCUUUUUUUUUAAUUCAUAAAUCAUUUCCUGG